GUGGCCGGGGGCUGCCUGCUCAGCACACAGGCCACCAGCGUCCCCUUCCUCUGCAUCUCCAUGGGACUCCUCCUGGGUAUGGGCUUCGCCUGCCUCUACCAGGCAGCCGCAGUGAUGACGGCCAAGCGCUGCAGGACACGGCUGGCCUUCUCCAACGCCAUCGCCCGCUCUGGGAUGGGACUGACGUUCCUCAUAGCACCAUUCACUCAGCUUCUCAUCGAUUUUUAUGGCUGGCAAGGUACUCUCCUGAUUUUUGGAGGCAUCAUGUUAAACCUCGUGCCCUCCAGCAUGCUCCUGCGCCCCGUCAGCACCCAGCCACCUCGACGCCCCCCUGCUCAAAGUCAAGACCAUGGUGGCUCUUCAACAGCAAAGAAGGAUUCAGAAACCCCUGAUGGAUGCUUAGAUGAAAGCACUCACAAGGAAAUACAGCUUCACAGCACACGGGACCUUCCCACCACAGAGGGAUUCACGAUGUCCCAUGGCAGAGAUGUCCCUGCUCCUGUAAAUACUUUGGAAAGGGUCAAGAAGCCCACCACGAGCUCAGCAGAAACAGGCACCGGGGCCAAGAGUAGCUACAAAGCCCAUCCAGGGACCCAAACAGAAAAUGCACAGCCUCUCCUCGACUUCUCCCCACUGAAGGAUCCCAUCUUCUACAUUUUCACAUGGUCUUUUCUGUUCUGCCACUUGGCCUAUUUCGUGCCCACCUUCCACUUGGUAGCAAGAGCCAGGACGCUGGGCAUAAGCAGCAUGGAUGCCUCCUACCUCAUUUCAGUGGCUGGCAUCACGGAGGUGGGCAGCCAGCUCCUCUCAGGCUGGGUGGCCGACAAGAACUGGACCAAGAAGUACCACUACCACGCGGCUUACCUUGUCCUCAGCGGCAUCACGAACCUGCUCUGUCCUCUGGCCACCACCUUCCCGUUGCUCAUGACCUAUGUGGUGGCCUUUGCUGUUUUCUGCGGUGGGUUCAUGGCUCUGGUCCUCCCUGUGCUGGUGGAUCUUGUGGGAGUGCAAAACCUCCACAGCUACUUGGGGUUUGCUGCCUUCUUUGCUGGGAUAGCAGCAGUUGGAGGACCUCCUCUAGCAGGGUGGCUGUAUGACUACACACAGACAUAUGUCUGCUCUUUCCUCUUUGCUGGAGCCUGUGCUCUCAUCUCACCUAUUUCUUUCUUCUUUGAGCCUUCGGCCCAGAAAUGGAAGCUAAAAAAAGCCAACCUGAACAACAGCCCUGGGCGUGGAUGA